UAUUUGCUAUGCAAAUAUUGCUCUUGUUGCUGAACAUCAGAGCUUGCAAAGCACAUUGCUAAUAGAAGAUGCUUUCAAAUGAAUUAUCUGCCACCACUAAAGCACUGAUUAUGGCACAGACACAAGGCUUUGGGAGAAGAUACAUUAAAGCAUUUUUGAAAGGCUUCUUUGUUGCUGUUCCUGUGAGUGUCACUUUUCUCGACAGAGUGGCUUGCAUUGCGAGAGUAGAAGGGGCUUCAAUGCAGCCUUCUUUGAAUCCAGAAGAAAGACAGGUGUCGGAUGUAGUGCUUUUGAACCACUGGAGUAUUCGAAAUUAUGAAGUGCAACGUGGAGACAUAGUUUCACUGGUGAGUCUGAGGCGUUGUCUGCACGCCCCACCCCUGAAGUGACUGGAAUCUGCCAUGCCCAGCCUGGAGGAUGACUCGGAGGACUCAGGGCAUGAGCCAGAGCUUCUGGGACCUGAGCCUGCCAUCGGGGAGCCUGAGGCUGGCCCUAGCUCUGCUAUAGCAGAGUCUGUGGCCUCUCCAGAGGUUCAGCAGCCAAGUCUGCCUGUGGCUGAGUCUGUGGACAUAGAGGAAGAUCAGGGAGGUGUGCCUACGUUCAGGGAGCAUCAAGCCAAAAGGGAGGGCCUUCGAAGGUUGGGGAAGAUUUAUCAGAAACACGCUGGUAAUCAGACACACCUGAACGCCUGCUGCCUGCCCAUUUAAACAAUUGGAGAAUAUGUGUCUAGUUGUCAGUGAUUAUCUGACCUUCCUGAGGAAAGACUCUGGCUCUGGCUCCUGUGGCUUUUUGGACCAAACCCUUGCUUCUUAGACUACUGACCUAUCUUAAUUAUCUGGAACCCUUGACCUUGGACUGCCAUAUUGACUUGCCUAUCUGCUACUUUGAAUCUCGGACCGUUUGAUCCCUCUUCUGAUACUGCAUUUAGACUCAAAGACAGUAUAGCUUUGCACUGACUCUGCCAGACAGUGGUUUGUUUGUUUGGGAACUAGGCUGGUCUUAUCAGCCAUUUGGCCACUUUCCCAGACAGAAUCUGCUUUUUUUGACCCUUGUGUUACAGGCCUACAUCUAAAUAUGGUUAAAGGUAUGCAUAUAUUCACCGUUAAUGGCAAUCUUAAUCUGAUAUACAUGAAGCAAUUUCAGCAUUAUUUAUUAUAAGAAUUACAGUGGGUCCUUGUUAUCCGCUAGGGUUUGGUUCCAGGACACCCCCCCCCCUCCGGUGGAUAACAAAAUCCGUAGAUGCUCAAGUCCCAUUAAAUAUAAUGACACUGCAAAAUGAUGUCCCUGUCAGAGUAUAGAGUCCUCUUUGUGAGUACUCGGCAGUUCAGUAGUUAUUUAUCCAGAUGGCAGCUUCUGCUUGGAAGGAUUUUUCCUUUCCAGCCUGCACAGAGCUACACAGCAGAGACCUUCCAGUGGUGUUCCUGUUCUGCCUUACCAGCUUUAUAUUGGCCUUUAAUAGUAUUGGGCAUACAUGUGCAUGUCUUCUGCAUGUUGCAUGUUUAAUCCUGAUCAUACAUGCCCCAACAGUCCCUUAUAUAAAAUGGAAAAUCAAGGUUUGCUAUUUGGAAUUUGGAAUUUUUGGAAUAUUUUCAAUCCGUGGAUGUUUGAAUCCGUGGAUAAAAAAUCUGUGGAUAAGGAGGGCCGACUGUAUAAGUAAGCUGUGGAUAGGUUUGCCUUAUUGCUGAUGGGGAUGUGUCACCUCCUCAUAUGUCACUAGCAGUAUUAAAGGAAAUAUAUUUUCAUUUUUAUAAUAGUUAUAUCUAUUAUUAUUAUUAUUAUUAUUAUUAUUAUUAUUAUUAUUAUUUGUAUCCUGAUCUUUUCACAGAACUGGGGCUCAGAGCCAUUCCUUCUUACUUCUUUUUCGGUUCCAUUUAUGCCACUGCAAAAUGUGAAAUGUGUUCAAUUCUACAACUUCAAAAUAUGUAUUAUAGAUGUGAAAAUUUCAGUCUCAAAAGUAUUGCACUUCUUCAAAUGCCACAUCUAUUCCCCCUUCCCAUCCUUGGUUUUGUUUACACUAGAACCUAUCCUAGAACUAUCUUGGGAUAUUUCUGAAACUAUUUUGCUGUUCUGAGGGCACAUGGGCUGGUAUUAUUCCAGAUGAAAUCCACAAAUGAGAACUGUACUGUUCCUCAUUCUGAGACAAAUUCAAUUCUGUGCGACAUGUUCUCAGCAUUUACAUAGUGAUGGAUCUGCAUUAGUCUAAUAUGACUCAUGGAGCUCAAUUGGUACCGGUCCCAAAUCUGUUCUGAUGCUUCCAUGUUUUAGUUUGUUUUAAUUUGAAAGACAAUGUGCUUUAGACUGUUAAUUCUUUUUACUGUUUUAUAUUUUAAAUUGUUUUAAAUUUUUAAAGUUUAUUUUACGAUACACUGCCUAGAGAUCCUUUGAUAUUUGCUUCAGAGAGAUGAAUAGAAAAAUUUAAAUAAAUAUCUGUAUACAUAAAUGAAAUGUACAAAGCAACAGCACACUUUUGUGGAACAGUACCAUUACCACAUUGGCUAUAGUAUUUAUUUGUAACUGACUCAUUAUGUAUAUUUUCUUUGUGACCCAAUGUAUUAUUACCCACAACCCCUGCUAUCCCAUGUAGUUUUAGGAAACACAUGCUCCUCACUAUAGUUUUUGAUCUAUAUAGAAUAAGUGAUCACCAUAAUGAAGGCUGUGGAGCUCUGCCUGAAACUGAUUUUGAUGGUAAAGAACAACUAGAUUAAGGAUCAGGCUUUUUGUCUGGGAGAAGGGAAACCAAUUGUUCCAAACUAAUCAUUCUGACAAAACAAAAUAGGUCCUUUUUUUAAAAAAAAAUGAAUGUAGAGAUAAACAUAGAGGAAAGGAAAGACUUUCAUUUGAUAGCCAUGGGGGUGAGGAAACGUGUCAUGUUGAAAAAAUGCAGUGUGCAGCUUCUUUUCUGGAAAUGACAACAGAUGUCAUAGAAAUCUCCACUUUGCAUGGCACAAGCAGAUACUGGGCUGAGAACAGAUGAGGAAAUGUGAGGAAACUCUAGCUAUGCAGGUGGGUGACAAAUAUUUGGCACCUCAGGCCUAUUUCUACUACUGUAUCCAUAUUUACUCGUUUUAUAUGUAUGUGGAGUGAGGAGAGGAACCUCACAAAUGGAACCACACAUGUGUGCAGUAUCCCAAAAAAAAUGGGGGGAGGAGGAGAGAAAAUGGUUGAUUGAUUUUGUGACAGGAAAAAAAAAGAUGAGUAGAUCUAAUCAGGUUGAAAAGUCCAGGAGAUCCCACCCAGAUGGCCCCAAACCCAUCUGUCCUGAGUAGACAAACUUCUCUCUCCUUCUGGCUUAAUCCCAGUUUUAACCAGGGUGACCAAACACAUGUGAAAAAGAUCUUGACAUCUAUGUUAGAUUUAUCCCAUGUUAAUCAUGUUCAAGACAACAAAAUGAUCUGUGAGACUGCUCUGGUGGGAUGAAAAAUUGUGUGCUAAUGUGAACUUUUACCCUCAUGUAAUUUAGGCUCUUGUUUCAUAUUCAAUUGGGAGAGUAUCUUUUCUUCCUACCCUGAAAUUCUUACAUUUUAAUGCAUUUUCCCUAAUUUGCACUUUUGUUCACAUAAUCGGCCUGAUUUAUCUAA